UUUUGGGUUAAAACUUUGGAGAGAACCAAGCUUUGAUAGCUUCUCUCCCCGCUUAUUGCAAUAAACGAAACAAAAGGCCUUCACUGUGUCUUGGCUGGUUAUUGGUCAGGCGAGCUUGCCUCUGAUCACAAAGGAAAGUGGCCCGGAGCACAUAACAUGACUUCCCUCAAGAGGGAAAGCAUUGUUCUGUCCUCAAAGGCUUCUGUCCAUUUCAUUCCUGCAAACACCAUCUUCUCCAGAAGCUAUUUAUCUCCAGGAGUGCAAGGACCCCAGCCUGUCCUCUCUUGAAUCCCUGGUUCUGGAUUUAUAGCCUAUAGUCUAUUUAAUAGCCUACUAAAACUCUUUUUUCUGACUCUUUGGUUUCGUAAUGUCAGCAGAAUCAUACUUGCUUUUUUUUCUUUAAAGAAUUGUGACAUUUGAACCUAUUUUGACUUCUGUAUUUUGCUAUUUCCCAUUUUUCUGACACACUUCUUUCCGGGAGGGUUGCUAUACCUCUUUUCCAGAAUGCUGUGUGAUCUGUGUGACCCUCUGCCACCAGUGUCCUUGUGACAUAAUUUGGAAAUCUCCCCUAGAUCUUUCCUUGCCCCAUAAGCACCUAAGGGCCAGUUGACCUCCCUCCCCCUCCUUUUUCCUUGUGGCAGGGAGGUUAAUAAACCAUCAUCGGUCCCAGGAGCUGGUAGCAGGUGCUCACAGCUUGCUCCCUUGCCGAAAUGGGACUAGGAGACGUUGGCAGUGGCUAAGAAGAGGUCUUCUUUUGGGUGGAGAUCUAGGGAUGGGGAAAGAGGUGGGUGGCAUGGCUGAAACGCCUUGGUGCACUGGAUUGGUUGCCUGCCUGUAUGGACCUCCAUCUUCCUUCAGACCUUGGAUUCUCAUUAGAAUUUCAGGCCUGAUUUGUAGCAUUUUAAUUAAAGGCAAUAAUAGCAUUUUAGCAUGGCAUCCAUGCCUCCUUUGGAACUUUAGAAAACUCAACUUUUGGCUGAACUUUUUCUGUGGUGUCCAAAAAACCCCCAGCCCAGCUUUUUCAACAAUCAGGGUGGAAUUCUGAUGUCCUUAAUUAAGACUGGAAGUAUUAAAGCAACAAACCUAGCUAGCGAAAGGAAGAGAUGCAACAUAUUUUAAGGGUGUCUAUCCCUUCUCACAUCUAACGUCAAUGCCUUCUGUUGUUUGGUGUGUUGCUUUUUGACACAUUACACAAAGACACAAUCUAAAACUCCCAACCCUGGGAGUUUAAAAAUUCUUUUGGUAUAAGAGCUGUGGCACCAAACUCUUAAAUCAGGAUAAAACCUGACCAAGAUCAGCCUCUAUAAUUGCACAUGCCCUGGAAUUCUCCAGGAUCCCGAGCCAGCAUCACUUUUCAGGGAGGGGCAGACCCCCCCCCACCAAUGAGGGUCCCUCUCUUGCUUCUAAGAAUCCUUAAUUCAAAGCAGUGUUUCUCAACCGUGGGCACUUUAAGGGUGGACUUCAACUCCCAGAAUUCUUCAGCCAGCUAUACUAUGCUAUGCUAUGGAAUUCUGGGAGCUGAAGUCCACCCCCCUCUUAAAGUGCCCACGGUUGAGAAGCACAAUUUGAGUGGAUGGAUCUAAUCAUUUAAUGUGAUCGGAGUUGCAUUUUGAGAAUUAAAAUCCACCAAUCUGAGAGACCACAACGUUGAGAAACCCUGCUUUAGAAAGACGCCCUGCUACACAUCUCCAACCCGGCGCCCUGCCGCACUAGCCUGGGCGACACGUGAGCGUCUCCCGCCAAAAGGGUCCUCCCAGCGCGAGACGCCGCUUAACCGUCACUCCUGUGGGGCGGGGCGGCGCAUGCGCACUGGUGCCGCCCACGGGCCUCAGGGCGUCGGCGGCCUCGGCUUGCCAUUUAGUGUUUUGACUCUGGGCAGCCAACAGCUAGGAAUCAAAGGCUUAUUUUAAAAAGGCAUAAAAGAGAGGACUCAUUCACAGGCUUCAAACGGCUUCCUAAAAGAAGAGUCUGGUGAACUAUAUUAAAGGACAGACCCCUGCUGGUGUGUGUGUGUGUGUGUCUGCGUUUAUUUACUUAUUAAAUUCAUAUGCCACACAUCUCGCUAUCCAGAGAGUCACCCCCUGCCAUGCACUGUGCUGCUAGUUUUGUACAAUUUUUUUCAUAUGUCUGUUGCUGCAAACCACCAUUCCUGGCACUGUGUCUGGUAUGGAUGGAAUCCCCCCCCCCUCUGCAUUUCUUGAAGAUGGUUGGGUGGGAGAUGUUGCCCAGCUUCCCUCUGCUAGAGGAUGAUAAAUUUCUGCAGCCUGCAGUGGUGGUGUGACUCUAAACCUGCUGAGAAACAAUCACCUCUGGUGGAAUUUGACAACUAUCACAAUACCAUAAAUGUUGCAUUAUCAAAGAAUACAGAUUCCUGGCCACCAAACUAGGAUUUCCCACUUAGGUUGUAUAAAGUGGGGGCAAACUCAAAUUUUAGCAGGCUGUCCUUGGGUGCAAGUUAUUUUGUCCUCUUUUUCUGAGGCCGUCUCUCUUUGAUUGCAUCAGGAAAGCCUGGUAAUCUUAGGAUGUGCUUAACACUCAUUUUAUGUGCUGUUAUCUGGUGCUCCAGAGAUUUCUUUUUUCACAAAUAAUGACCUUGUACUUCUACAGGUAACAAUGACAACUACUCUUGUAAAGCCCGAUGAAAACAAAAAUAAACGUAAAAAAGAAGCAAAGAAUGAAACUUCAGGAAAUGCACAGUUGGGUUUUUUGGAAAAAAAUGAUUCGGCUCCUGAAAGCUCCCAGAAAUUUCAUAAAACUGACACUUUGGAAACCAUUUUAAAGGGGAUAAGAAAUCUGGUGUCCAAGCAGAAGGUUCCAGUUACUUAUAGCCACAAGAAGGGCUUAGAAUGCAUCUCGCCAUUAUUCUCCACUGUAGAAGAAACACCUCAAGCAAUCCCAAUAAAACUUCAAGGGCAGAUUCCCAAAUGGCUGAAAGGAAAGCUAGUGAGGAACGGGCCAGGAAAAUUUGAAUUUGGACCAGAUAAGUUUAACCACUGGUUUGAUGGCAUGGCACUUAUGCAUAAGUUUGAAAUUGAGGAUGGGGUGGUGAAUUACAGCAGCAAGUUUCUCCGGAGUGAUUGUUACCUGACCAACAGCAAGAACAACCGAAUCAUGAUGUCUGAAUUUGGCACCUUGGCCAUACCAGAUCCUUGCAAGAACGUUUUUGAGCGCUUCAUGUCAAAGUUUGACUUGUCAAAAGAGACAGACAACUGCCUUGUGAAUUUUGCAGUCAUCAAAGGUGACUAUUUUGUCAGCACGGAGACCAGUCAAAUGCACAAAGUGGAUCUGGACACGCUUGAAUCAAAGGAGAAGGUGAACUGGAAAAAAUAUGUUGCAGUGAAUGGAGCCACAGCCCACCCACACUACGAUCCAGAUGGAACAGUCUACAACAUGGGCAACUCUUAUGGGAUGCAUGGCUCCAACUAUAACAUCAUCCGUGUUCCUCCCCAGAAGUCUCAGCCUAGUGACUCCAGCCUGCAAGGCGCAGAAGUGCUGUGUACCAUUGAACCAGAGGACAGAAUGAAACCAGCCUAUUAUCACAGUUUUGGAAUGAGUGAAAACUAUGUGAUUUUUAUUGAGCAGCCCGUCCAGAUAAAGUUGUGGGAAAUCACUAUAGCCAUUUUUUUGGGGAAAUCCGUUCUGGAUGGACUGAGUUGGGAGCCUCAGCUAAACACCCGCUUUUAUGUCGUGAACAAGCACACGGGGCAGACCUUACCCUUGCAAUAUCAUAGCAAGGCCUUCUGCUUUUUCCAUCAUAUCAACGCCUUUGAGGACCAGGGCUGCAUCGUCCUGGAUCUCUGCUGUUUCGAUGAUGGGAAAGUUUUUGACAUUUACCGACUGCAGAACCUCCACAAGGCUGGGGAAGCCCUUGACCAGACCUACAACAAACUCCCAAAGCCAUUUCCACGGCGCUUUGUUCUUCCCAUCACUGUGAGCUCCAAGGCAUCUGUGGGGCAGAAUCUUAACCCUUUGUCCUACACGUUGGCAGAAGCUGUGAAGGAGGAGGAUGGGAAGAUCUGGUGCACACCUGAAAGUCUACACAACGAGGACCUCAAAGAAGCAGGAGGAGUAGAAUUCCCUCAGAUCAAUUAUGCACAUUACUGUGGGAAAAAAUAUCGUUAUUUCUAUGGCUGCAGCUUCGGUCAUCUCGUUGGAGACUCCUUGAUCAAGGUUGAUACAGAAACCAAGGAGAUGAAGAUCUGGCGCGAGAAAGGGAUGUAUCCUUCAGAGCCCAUAUUUGUGCCAGAACCUGGUUCUUCAGCAGAAGACAAGGGAGUGAUCCUCUCGGUGGUGCUCACACCCAAGCAGAAUCAAGGUAGCUUCCUUCUUGUUCUGGAUGCGGAAAAUUUUGCCGAGCUGGGCCGUACUGAAAUCCCUGUCCAGAUUCCUUACGGUUUCCAUGGUGCCUUUGUUCCCAACAAAAAUGCCACCCGCUAAGAUAGGGGUGAUUCGGGAUCUGCUCCGGGAUGCCCAAAAUGCUGUGGACAAAUUACUUCCUCUAAAUGUGCUUUAAAUUCCUAGGCUACCCAAUCGUGCUCUACUUUGAUUCAGAGUAUAAACACAGUAUAAAUUCUUUGCCUAUGUCCUUAAUUCUUCUAUUAAUUAUCGUAAUUUGUGGUGGAAUGUAGCCUGGAUUCCCAGGAGAGAGAGACUGCAUCCCAGAGGACAAAGAGGCAGCGGAACUUGGAAAGUUUGGUAGAGGGUUAAACGCCCCCUCCUUAGCGAUUUCCAGAGUUUGUCUGUAGACUCUUAGUCUGGCAAGAGUUUAUCGAUAAGUGAAGAAUAAUAAAAUACUCAAAUCAC